GUAUAUAAUUACGUUGUGGACUCGAUAAUGAAUAGUGUGGUCAUGUGAGUUCGCGUUUUGUGGCGUGAUAUAUGAUAAAUUCUAUGAACCCUCUUUACUUUCGCGUUCAAUUAAAUACACCACACCUGGAAGCUUCAUUUUGCGAAACCACACUGCCAAAAUGCCCCGUGAGCUGGACAUACCAACCCCAAGCUCUCCGCGCAAUGUUCACAUUUACGAUGAUGACGGCCAAGUUAUCGGCGGGCUUUGGCAGAAUGGAUGCAUCAUAAAUUCAAUGUUUUAUGAAAUGUGCAGAGUCUUCAUUACAAAUGAGGAAUUCACUCUUUUCCGCCUCACCAAGGACGGCUCUACAGGCGCAAAACUAUUCCCAAAUAGAAACGCUCUGCGAGAUGGAUCAUACGUUGUUCUGUCGGCCAAUGGGAGCCCGAUCCCAGUCGAAAUCACGCCCGACUCUGCGCAGAGGCGCAUAACGAUAAAGGGCCAGUCAAUGAAGUUGAAUUCGCGAACAAAAUCUUUCCAUGAUCGGGUCAUUGCCCGAGACGACCAAUGCGUAAUAUCCGGAACACAGCAUCCUAAAGAUGAAGCUCCCACAUCAUUCAGCACCUGCCAUAUCUUUCCGUUCGCCCGCGAAAGGACCUGGGUUGAAAAAGGAAUGGCAAGGUUCAUAACUGAUGAGGAGCACCCUGCACGGGAAAAUGAUACCAAAAUUCAUUCUGUCCAGAAUGGAUUGCUCCUAAGGGAUCACAUCCACUCGUCGUUUGAUGCAUAUGCACUUACAGUUAAUGUCGACGAAGGAUAUAAGGUCGUUUGCUUGACCCGAGAUCAUGUAAAUGUGGACGGUCGCAGACUGGCAUUAUGCUGCAGAGACCCACAGAACCCCCUUCGAGUUCCUGAUGAGCUCUUGCGCUGGCAUCAUCGCGAGGCUAUCCUUGCUAGUAUGAAAGGUGCUGGAGAAAAACCAUGGGACAUGCACUAUUCUGAAGGGGGGGACAUAAUGCAGGAGAUACGGGAAGGACCAGAUGCAGUGGAGAGGAUGGAAGCAGAGUUGUUCACCCGUCUCGGGCCUGGGGAGUUCGGCUAGUAGCAGCAUCCAAUUUGAAGCAGACUUUCCGCUAUGAUAUUUACCGUGAGCACGCUGCGCUACGUGGAAGGUGCAACAACAGGCCUCGUAGUUGUGAAAUGUAAGAG